GUGAUAAAUGUAAAAAUAAUGAAAAUAUUGAUGAUAGUGAUAACGAUGCUGGUGUUGGUCAAGCAAAUUCAAUAUCAGGUGAUUCUGUUGUUACUCUAGGAACAGAUUCACUUUCUGAAUCAGUUUCAAGUUUCACAGUAUCAGACAGUUCGGAUUCAAGUGAUAAAAAGACCAAAAGAAAGAAGAAAAAAUCUUCAGCCAACAGUAAAAGUGUCUCACCAACACCUAAUCCCCCCACAGGUAAACCUUCAUCAAGGAGCAAAUCUGGUAAAAAAGUGACUAGUGAUAAAAAGAGUAAACCAACAAUUGAUGAACAAUCAACAACAACAACAAUUAAAAUCACCAUCACCACCACCACAAUCUAAACCUAAAUCCAAAUCGAAAUCAGUGAAAACCAAAGAAUCUAAAGAUUGUAACAAAAUGGCAUCCAAUUCGAAAGCAGCUAUUAUAACUUUAGACGGUGAAGCGAAUGACGAUUCAGAGAAAAGCUGUGAUAACAUCUCAAUGGAUGCUACAAAUGAUAUGGAAGAUACAAUUAAUUCUGAUGCAUCAUCAAAAUCCGCUAAUCUAUCGGUAGCUUUCCCAGAAAAAGAUUCGGAGAUGGAACAAGAAGAAGAAGAAGAAGAAGAAGCUGAUAAAGAAACAGAAAAAGAGGAAGAUGAAAAAGAUGGAAAAGAAGAUGAAGAGAAAAUGUAG